UCCGGCGAGUCGCGCGAUACUUGGCGCUUCGCUUCGAUCGCGAGCCAGGGAAGAUAUUUCGGGUAAGAAUCGACAACGGCGACGACGACGACGACGGCGGCAUCGGUGACGUCGCGGUAACGACGCGUCACCUAGGAGAAGAGUUUUUUUUUCAUCCCCAAGGGUGACGACUCUUCUACACGCAAGGGAAGUAUAUCCCUUUUCUCUGUCACGCGAAGUGCGGGAAGUCCGAUCGGUCGGCGAUCGGUAGAGAAGGACGACGAACCGGAAUGGAGAGAAGGCAGCGGCGUCGUUGUCGUGAUUCUACCAGCUUCCAAGGUUGAAGGCCCAGCGCGAAUACACAGCCGCCACCGGAAAACAUGGGCUCGGAGGCCUGGGAGUUGGAAAGGAGGUACUCGGUGCCGGGAGCUUUGGACACCAGGGGGUUGGAGCCGCCGGCCAGCGAGGAUCUGCACGCAUGGUCGAUUUACAGGCAAAACCUGAACUCCGACUUCACGGACUCCGCGCUCGGCUCUGCCGAGAAGUCGCCGCUUCCGUACGGGAACUUUCAGUUGCGCGACUCCACGGUGCAGAGCAUACUGCGGCAUCCGCGAUAUGGUCCUAAGAGUCCGUUGGCCAACAAUUCUUACACGUAUUUGAAGUUCGGUUUGCCACGCGUUUUACCGCCCAGCUCUCGGAAUCGCGACGGCUCCAGCGGCUACGACUCCAGCGAGGAAGGACGACGUGUGUCGCACGCAGGUGCUCCAGUGCAUACAACCUCGAUCAUGCGUUCAGCAAGAAGCGAUCCGGAUUUCAGGCAUGUUCACGCUGUCCCGAGGGAGCCAGCGCAUUCACAAUUAACUGUCGCGAGGGACCAUCCGAGGUUGAGGAGUGCCAGCGAGGCUAAUCUCUUGCAGAGUGCCGUCAGGACCAACCGGCGACACAGCAUCGCGCCGAUCGAUCCCGGUUACAUAGCGCACGGACAUGGUAUCCUCGGACCAGAAGGUUACGCGCUGCCAUUGAGACCGAUGCCGUGUCUGCAGCAUCCUCACCUACAGCUGCGAGGUGUGGAGGCUUCAGGCUCGGACGGACUGCCGCUUCUUCGUGGUAUUACCCUCGAGGCCGGUGCCGCCGAGGUACUGGCUAUUAUGGCGACUACCGAGAAGGAAGGCACGCAGAUCGUUGAGACGAUUGCGGGAAGGAGGCGUAUAAAAAGGGGCGAUAUUUUGCUCAAUGGAAGAUCUGUAUCAGCACGCAGCCUAAGAUCUCGCGUCGCCUAUCUACCCACGGAGAAUGGUCUGAGCCCCGGGCUGACUGCUCAGCAGACUCUCAGCUUUUACAUGUUACUGAGAGGUGGCCGUAAUACCACCACACUCGAAGCUGAGGCUAUUCUGCAGGAGCUUGGCUUGGAGGCGACCAAACACUGCCUGGUGAACACCUUGACGACCUCCGAGGCUCGACGACUAGCCCUUGCCUGCCGGCUGCUUCAGGACUCGCACAUCCUCGCCCUGGACAAACCCACGCACGGUCUGGACAUCUUUGAUGCUUUCUUCCUGGUCGAGUACUUGAGACAGUGGGCCAGCCGCGGUCAACGUCUCGUCGUCUUGACUCUACACCCGCCCACUUACGAGAUCCUGACGAUGGUAUCGAGAGUCGCGCUCACGUCCGGCGGACGAGUCAUGUACUCCGGACCUAGAAGAGACAUGCUGCCAUAUUUCGCCCUCGCUGAGUUCCCCUGUCCGCCAUUCAAGAAUCCGUCCGAUUACUAUCUUGAUUUAGUAACGCUAGACGACCUGUCGGCGGAAGCGAUGCUGGAGUCCUCGCAGAGGAUAGAUCAUCUGGCGGAGCUAGCUAGAACGAGGCUACCUCCUAUCAGCGAUCCUGGUCCACCCGGUGCACUUCCGCCUUCGAUGCCCGGACCCAAUAUAUUUGUACAACUGUACGCGCUAUUGUUACGAACGCUCAUCUACAGUCAACCGUGGACAUUAACAAGACUGCUGCGGAAGAUCGUCAUUUCCGCCUCGCUCAGUAUUCUACUCGGUGCAAUAUUCUGGGAUAUCGCCAGCGAAUCAAAUCUAUAUUUACGAGACAGAAUAGGCUAUCAUUACGCUAGUUUGGGUAUCUUUUUCUGGCCUCUGAGCCUCCUGGCGAUGUGCGACGUGGCCAAUAGCAGACCAAACGUGGAGAGGGACAUCAGGGACGGGCUCUAUGGUCGAUUCAUGUACAUUCUCGCAGAGCUCAUCUGCAGCUUGCCGUGCUGGUGUAUGGUCUACCUGAUAUAUCUAGCGCCAGCAUUUGCGAUGUCGGGAUUGCAUCUUGUGCCGGAUGAGAACCUAAUGUCAAUGUGGAAUUACCUCGCCAUCGGUUUACUAUAUUUGAUACUGCAGCAUCUUAUCUGCACAUUCUUCGCACACGUGUGCAAGUGGACCUAUCUGGCGGCGUUGUUUGCCGGAAUGGUGUUGGGUGAGAUAACUUUGGCCGGCGGGGUGACUCUGCACCUGGACAAUCUGCCGUCGUGGUAUCAGCAAAUCAGCCCAAUGCAGUGGUCGUUGUCACUGCUGUUGCCGCGUCUACACAAGAGCGAAAGUGUGGGAAAGCUGGCCAAUUGCAAGCCCAAGCAGAUCCAACGGCAGGACAUCAUCAUCCAGGCAGCGUGCGAGCCACCCGACGGUGCGUUGGCUCUUCGUGAGAUCGCCCUCGAUAAGUUAAACGUGCGAGGGGAAUUUUGGCUGGGCAUCGGAGUGGCUAUCGUCGCUGUGCUGAUUAUUUUUGGAUUCUUAUGCGUCAAGUACGCCACUCCGAAGAGGCCUAGAAGUGCCCCGAACAAACCCUGAUUGAAGAGACUUUAUCGCGAAGUAGAAUUCAGACUGUACAAUCCGAGUGCCACGAAGUCGAUUUAGAUAUUCGUGAGCUUUCAGUUUUCAGAGCGAGUUAUGACAGUAAAGCUCCCUCGUUGAGAUCGUGCUUCAUUAUAGAUUAACUCUUUGCGGUCUGCUGAUGCCAUCACAUAAUAGCCAUGGCACAAAAAACUUAAGCAGUAAAACAUAAGUAGUAAGCAAAUUGGCCAAUGACAGUAGAUACCAUAAGGCCAUAGCAUAAACAAUAACAAAUCAAACAUGUUGAUUUCCUUAUCAU